AUGAAGAAAAAUAGGUGUAAGCUCUGCUUAAAGGGCAUUGCCAAGGGCAGAGCUUUGGGUGGGCAUAUGAGAUCUCACAUGUUAAAUCUCUAUGUUCCUCCAAAACCAGAGCAGGAACAACCCAGUAAACAACUCGGUGAAGAGACUGAGUCAACAAAGAAAACAGAAUCAGAGAGAGAGGGGGAACUGGCCAUGAAGAGAACAGGAUCGGGAGUCUUGGCCCUAACGAUGGCAUUGACGGCGUCCUCGAUUUU